AAUAAGAAGAAAAAAAUAAUUUUAACAUGUCCUGUCUAAGUGCAUUGGAAAGUCAGGUAUUAACAUUAUUAACAUCACCAAAAGAUAUAUUAUUUCUUCGUCAUAAUGUUUAUCGUGAAUAUGGAAAAAUAGCACUUGGUCCUGAUUUUAUUCAUACAUUACCAUCUCUCAUAAUUAUCAUUGCAAUAACAGUUGUGAUAUGGAGACACUUGACACUUGAUUGGUUAAACAUAUCAAAUGGAAAAAUUAAAAAAACAUUUCAGAUGGCUUUUAGCUGGAUAAUUAUAAAUGCUGUUCUUUGGCAUUGGCUAAUUAUUCAGAGAGUUUUAUAUUGCAGUGUCUGGAAUUAUUGGAAUAACAAUAUGGAAUUUCGUGAUAUUGCAUUUCCAUGGUGGCAAAAAGUAUGGUCAUCAUUUUAUCCACCACCAAAUCAACCACCAGUAUUAUCAGCAAGUUUGAUAUCUUGGAUACUAUCAAUAUCAUUAUCUGGAAGUGGUCUAUUAACAGCUUUAAAUGUUGAUAUUAUUAAAAAUAUUAUAAAUAAAUUAACAUCAAAAAUAUUUACAACAAAUAUUAAAGAAAAAAAUAUUGAAAUUGAUGCGGGAAGAGAAAGAAGAAUGACACCACGACAAGCAAGAGAUGUAACACCAGCAACUGAUAAAACUGAUGGAGCAUCAUUUUAUGAUGAUGAUUAUCAAUCUGAAAUAUCUGUUGAUUCAUUAAAUUCCCAUGAUAAAAAACAACAACAACGUGAAAUAUCACCAAUAUCAUAUGGAACAAAUUGGGUAAGAUGUACAACAAAAGAUCAACAAAAAAAUAUAUCAAUGAAAUCAUUAAAGACAGUAACUGGUGCAAGUGAAAUUAAAAAUAUUGAAGAAGAAUUUUUACCAAGACAAACUAGAAAUAAACGUGGUUGUCAUACUGUUAUACCCAGCAAUUCAUUCAACAAUUCUUAAAUUAAAAAAUAA